CAUAAAUGACCGGUGUUGAAUUUAAAACUGGUUUAUAGCGCACAACCUACAUAGAAAAAACAGCCUACGUAAUUGGUUGUUCUAUAUUGCUUUUGGACCAAUUGCUAUCCAUAAAGUGGAGCAAGUUAGCAAUUGCAACAACUCCAUAGAGCUUCCAUUUACUGAAUCCUUUUUCUCUAGUCUCUAUAUAACCUCUCCUCUUUUCAGUAUAUCCCAGGCAAUCCCAUAAUAGAAUACCACUUCUCUAUAUUUGAUUUGCCCGGAUGGACUCAAAUCAAAACACUGAUGAAGCUGUCCUUGUUCCAAAAAGUAGGUCCAAGGGAAAAGCAGUAGAGGAUGCCUCUCCUGCUCCCACCCCAGCCGUCGUGAGCACCAAAAAGGUCACCGUAGUAGUCCGGAGAGUAGGAUGGAAAAAAGGUGUCGCUAUAUUCGAUUUCGUUCUAAGGCUGUGUGCGGCUGCAGCCGCCUUUGCUGCCUCUGUUGCUGCCGCACAGGCAGAACAGAUUCUACCCUUCUUCACGCAGUUCCUGCAGUUCCAUGCUCAGUACAAUGAUCUUCCAACUAUAACGUUUUUUGUGAUUGCAAAUGCAGCCGCUGGUGCAUAUCUUGUCCUCUCAUUGCCCUUUUCUAUAAUAUGCAUUGUUCGACCCUAUAAAGUAGGACCAAGGCUCCUCCUCCUCAUCUUAGACACGGUGAUGACUACUGUGACCAUAGGUGCGGCGGGGGCAGCGAGUGCAAUCAUGUACUUGGCUCAUAACGGGAGUGUGGAUGCCAACUGGUUAGCCAUUUGUCAGCAGUUUACGGACUUUUGCCAGCAAAUCACUGGUGCCGUCGUUGCUUCUUUUGUCGCAGCCGUCAUUCUCAUUGCACUCGUUGCCAUUUCUGCUGUUGCACUUAAAAGAACCACCUCUAUUACUACUCACUAGAUUUUACCUAAUUAUUACUAUCCUUCUACUUCUACUUCUACUUCUACGUACAUUAUAUGUAUAUGACUAAUAAUGGCUUAUGUGAAUAAAACAUCUUAUUGUUUCUCCUUUUUCUUUGA